AUGCCACAGCCAUCCACCGCCCGCUGGGCAAUCCCAGCGCGCAUGGCCAGUCUCCUCAUCCUCCCCCUUCUAUCUGUACACGCCUCAGUUGAAGACCCCAAACUCCUCCCCACCCCACCAAUGGGCUUCAACAACUGGGCACGCUUCGAGUGCGAUCUCAACGAGACCCUCUUCACCGACACCGCUCAGUCCAUGUUAUCCCGCGGCCUACUAGCUGCAGGCUACAAUCGUCUCAAUCUAGACGAUUGCUGGAUGACGCACGAGCGUGGCGCAGACGGUGCGCUGCAGUGGAACUCUACCCUCUUCCCGCACGGUAUCCCCUGGUUAGCCGAUUACGCGCACAAGCACGGCUUCCACUUGGGUAUCUACGAGGACUCCGGAAAUGCGACUUGUGGCGGGUAUCCCGGUUCAUAUGGCUAUGAACAAAAGGAUGCAGAGACGUUUGCGAGUUGGGGCAUUGAUUAUCUCAAACUUGAUGGGUGUAAUGUUUAUCCUGAGGGUGGGAGGUCGAUGGCGGAGGAGUAUAAACUUCGCUACGGACAGUGGCAUGAUAUUCUGAGUGCUAUGGCGGAGCCGCUGAUCUUUUCGGAAUCGGCACCGGCUUAUUUCUCCGAGAAUAAGACGGAGUGGGCUAAUGUUAUGGAUUGGAUCCCGUUUUAUGGUGAAUUGGCCCGUCACUCGGAUGAUGUGCUUGUUUAUGUGGGUGAGGGGAGUGCUUGGGAUAGUAUCAUGGUGAACUAUCACUUUCAGACUCUUCUUGUGCGGUAUCAAAAACCGGGCUACUACAAUGAUCCGGACUUUUUGAUCACGGAUCAUCCUGGUUUGACUGAUGCUGAGAAGCGCUCGCAUUUCGCGCUGUGGGCUUCAUUCGGUGCGCCGUUGAUUAUCAGUGCUUAUAUACCUGAUCUGUCGGAUGAGGAGGUUCGGUUCCUUUCUAAUAAGGAGUUGAUUGCUGUGGAUCAGGAUCCGUUGGCUCAGCAGGCGGCUUUGGUUAGUCGGGAUGGUACCUUUGAUGUACUGACUCGGUCCCUGGCGAAUGGGGACAGACUUCUUACAGUGCUGAACACUGGGAGCAGUUCUGCGAAAACGAGCAUCUCCGUCGCCCGAUUGGGUCUGAAGGGACAGUGUCAAUACAAAGCCCGCGACCUUUGGACAGGCAAGACCUCUUCUAUCCGUGACGCCAUUGGUAUCAAUCUCGACAGCCACGCAACGGCAGUCUACCGUAUCACUCCUGGUCGGGGCUGCACCUCGGUCACCCCAACAGGAAUGAUCUUGAACACCGUCUCCGGAAACUGCCUAACCGCGUCAUCAUCCGGCGCUACCUUCAAAACUUGCAACGCAGCAGAUACCCAGGUGUGGAGUGUUUCCGGUUCUGGAACCAAGGUGUCCAUCAGCCCGCUGUCGAAUCCAGCUAAGUGCCUGGCUGCUAAGGGAUCUAUUAUUGCUCUGGUUGAUUGUAAGGGUGGAGCCGGUACUAUUUGGUCACACGCUAUCACUGGUCACUUGCAGAAUGCGAAUGGUGACUGCCUGACGGAGUCCGGCGGACAAGGAACUCUAGCGGGCUGUGAGUUGCUUCAGGGUGGGCAGAUUUUGGGAUUGCCGAGUGGGGUUCAUGUUGUGGAUGGAAGUGCAUAG